UUGUCGGCCCACGUUUUACAAAACUAAAAUUCAUUCACUGGAAGAGCUGCAUGUUUCGCACUGAUCGCCUUUAAAGAGUUAAUCCCAGGUUUAAAAGCCCCACGGUGCCCAGCAUGGUUUUAGAUGGCUGAGGGCGAAGCCACUCAGACCUGCUGGGCCUAAGGACUGAUCUGAGCAUGCGCGGCCCACCCUGGUUUUUAUCCCCUCCCCCACCACCGGGGGGCAGCACCGACCCGCCGACAGCUUUACCUGACCUUACCCGAGUCAUGACACAUUUCACAUUGUCAUGAAUAUGUUUUAUGAUGAGACUUCAUGUGAAGACUGAGACGAUGAAAGGGCGGCAUAUAAGAGUGGGGACAUUCAAGAAGUGUAAAGUAUACAUAACCAAGAAGAAGAAGAAAAAACGAAUGACUGCGGAGUCAAUCAGCUAACUGGAGUCCACUGUGCAUUCCACUCCUCUGCUGACCCUGUUACCUUUUUUCAAGUCUACAUUUUGGGCUGCAUUCAAACUGAGGUACUGCAUUGCCAAGGGAGACUGGAAUUUGGGGCAAAGAUGUUCCCCUACUUUACAUCGGUGCUGCUGGUCACAGCACUGACCAGAGUCUGGGCCCAAGACUUUUAUGAGGAGAGGAAAGCUAUAAAGAAAUCCAGGACCAAGCCUCUGGCUGCAAAUAUCCAUGACGGACAAGCCAUCCUAGAUGAGGACUGUAGCUUGGAGCUCUCCUUCCUGUUGGACAGCUCUGAGAGCGCUAAAGACAAUCAUGAGCAGGAAAAGCAGUUUGCCAUGAACGUGGUGGAGAGACUGCAAGGGGUUCGGCUGCAAACCGGCCGCAGCUUGGGCUUGAGGGUGGCUCUGCUGCAGUACAGCAGUCAUGUGAUCACAGAGCAAACCUUCAGAGACUGGAGGGGCACCGAGAACUUCAAGACACAGAUAGCUCCCAUCGUCUACAUCGGGCACGGCACCUACACCACCUACGCCAUCACCAACAUGACCAAGAUCUACCUGGAGGAAUCCAGUCCUGGCAGCAUCAAAGUGGUUGUGCUGCUCACAGAUGGCAUUUCACACCCAAGGAACCCUGAUAUCUUCUCCGCUGUCGCUGACGCAAAGAACCAGGGCGUCAAGUUCUUUACUUUGGGCAUCACCUGGGCAGCCAGCGAACCCACCAAUGUAGCUCAGCUGCGUCUGCUUGCCAGCUCUCCUGCCUCCCGCUUCCUCCAUAAUUUACAGGACCAAGAUAUAGUCGAGAAGAUCGUCACGGAGAUUAGUGGCUUGGCUGAUGAAGGAUGCCCUCUGGGUCAGAGAUGUGCUUGUGAGAAAGGGGAGAGGGGACCCAGUGGGCCUGCGGGGAAGAAAGGUCGCUCCGGAGAUGACGGAGCCCCCGGGCCUAAAGGGCUAAAGGGUGAGGCAGGAUUAAGUGGACUACCCGGACGAGAGGGUGCUGAGGGGAAACUGGGUCUCAAAGGAGAUAAGGGUGAGAGGGGUGAGUGUGGCACUCCAGGAAUCAAAGGAGACAGGGGUCUUGAGGGUGCAGUUGGUGAAAGAGGACUUAGAGGUCUGCAGGGGUUACCAGGACCACUUGGAGACUUUGGACCAGAGGGUCCUCAGGGAAAGAAGGGUGAACGUGGCCCAUCUGGCCCUCCCGGGAUUCAAGGGGAAACUGGUAUUGGACUCCCUGGACCAAAAGGUGACCUGGGGUUCCAGGGCAGACCAGGUCCUCCUGGUCCUCAUGGAGUGGGUGAACCCGGACUUCCUGGACCUCAGGGACCACAAGGUGUUCAAGGGGACAAAGGACCCCUAGGUGAAGGCUUCCCUGGACCAAAGGGUGAUCGGGGGCUCCCGGGACCGAGGGGACCAAGGGGACAGCAGGGUGCAGGAAUCAAAGGAGAAAGGGGUGAAUUGGGGCCUCCAGGCCUUUCAGGCCCAACUGGAGUAACAGGAGUGGGCAUACAGGGAGAAAAGGGGGUUGAGGGCCCAAGAGGUCCACCAGGAGUCAGAGGGCAUCCAGGAGAAGGUUUACCUGGACCCAAGGGAGACCAAGGUUUACCAGGAGAGCAGGGAGCUCCAGGAGAGAGAGGCAUUGGUGAGCCCGGUUCAAAGGGAGAGCCUGGAGCAGCUGGUUUGGGUGGGCUGCCUGGUCUUCCUGGAGAGGAUGGCGCUCCAGGGCAGAAGGGCGAGCCUGGUUUACCUGGUUUAAGAGGGUCUGAGGGAGCACAAGGAAUUGGCAUUCAAGGGGAGAAAGGCGACCAGGGUAUGAGGGGCAUCCGUGGAUUACAUGGGCCUCCAGGGAUAUCAGGACCCUCAGGACCAAAGGGAGAACGUGGGAUACCAGGCCAUCAGGGAAUGCCAGGGCAGCCAGGACGGUCUAUAUCAGGUCCAAAGGGUGAUGCAGGUCCCUCUGGGCCCACUGGUCAUGUUGGGGAAACAGGCCUUGGACUACCUGGUCCAAAGGGUGAUCGUGGUCAUCCAGGUUCACCGGGUCCACAUGGUCCAAAGGGCGAAGGACUUCCUGGCCCUGUGGGCCCUCCAGGCCUACCAGGCUUACCAGGAGAACCAGGCCCAGAGGGAAUUGGAAUUCCUGGUCCCAAGGGUGACGUUGGCUUUAGAGGAUUGCCAGGUUUGCCCGGCCCAGCCGGAGAAGGCUUGCAAGGACCACAAGGUAAUAUUGGGAGACCAGGGUCCCCUGGUCCAACUGGACCUUCAGGAGAAGGUAUUCAAGGCCCAAAGGGAGAGCCUGGAUCUCAAGGUAUGACCGGGCCUAGAGGGCCUCAAGGAGACGGCUUUCCUGGCCUUAAGGGUGAUCGUGGAUUACUCGGUGAGAGGGGAAUGAAAGGUACAAAAGGAGAUAUGGGAGAUCCUGGAGUCACUGGUGAAGCAGGAAAGUUCGGAGCAAAAGGAGAACCAGGCCUCACAAGAGAAGACAUUAUUAAGCUGAUCAAAGAAAUCUGUGGAUGUGGCAUCAAGUGCAAGGAAAGGCCGAUGGAACUUGUGUUUGUCAUUGACAGCUCAGAAAGUGUCGGCCCUGAGAACUUUGAAAUCAUCAAAGACUUUGUCACACGACUGGUGGAUCGGACCACUGUUGGUCGAAACGCCACCAGAAUCGGACUGGUCCUCUACAGUCUGGACGUCCAUUUGGAGUUCAACUUGGUUCGCUACACGAGCAAACAGGAUGUCAAGCAGGCAAUCAGAAAAAUGCCUUACAUGGGCGAGGGCACCUACACUGGCACCGCCAUCAGAAAGGCGACUCAGGAGGCUUUCUUCAGCGCUCGGUCUGGAGUCAGAAAAGUAGCCAUUGUCAUCACUGAUGGUCAGACGGACAAGCGAGAGCCUGUCAAGCUUGAUAUAGCUGUGAGGGAGGCUCAUGCUGCCAACGUCGAGAUGUACGCCCUGGGGAUAGUCAAUUCGUCUGAUCCUACGCAGGCUGAGUUCCUGCGAGAACUCAACCUCAUUGCCUCUGACCCCGACAGUGAACACAUGUACCUUAUUGAUGACUUCAACACUCUACCAGCACUGGAGUCCCAGCUUGUCAGUCAGUUCUGUGAAGAUGAAAACGGCGCGAUUCUUUACAAUCGCAUCACAAAUGGACACUGGAACGGCAACAAUGGGCAUGGGCAUGGCAUUAAUGGAAACAAUGGACAAGGGCAUGGCAUUACCGGAAACAAUGGACAUGUGCAUGGCAUUAAUGGAAACAACGGACAUGGUGCUAAUACCAAUGGAUAUAAUGACCAUGGAAAUAAUGGUUAUGCUUAUGGAAACAAUGGGAAUAGUUACAACCACCAAGAGGAGAAUCAAAAUCAGAGACGCACCACCAGCCGAGGCCGUGGAGACACUUUCACACUGCCCAUCAGUGCUGAUCCUCUCCCUGUUCAGGUGGUGGAAGAUGACGAUGGUGAAGAUUUGGACAUCAGAGCCCAAGUGCUGGGGGGUAGCGCUGUGGCUGUAGUUAACAAAACAACAUUGUUAUCAUCUGUGAGAGAAAGCUCUGUCUCCAAUGAGGCAGUUGUGUCCUCAUCUUCGUCCUCAUCUUCAUCCUCAUCAACAAUAUCUUCAUCAACACUGGGUUCAGUUUCAUCCUUAAACUCUAAUCACUUGCAGCCAGUGUUGACUCCAGUCCUGCCUGAAGCGUCGGCUAUUCUUGAUCCCCGCUGUAGCCUCAGCCUGGACCAAGGUACCUGCCGAGACUAUAGCAUCCGCUGGUACUACGACAAGCAGGCCAACGCCUGUGCACAGUUUUGGUAUGGAGGCUGUGGCGGAAAUGACAACCGCUAUGACACAGAGGAUGAAUGCAAGAAGAUGUGUGUCCUCACAGCUGGAUAAAAGAAGAAGAAGAAGGUGAAAUAAAGAGGACUUUUCUAUUCUACAUUCAGCUCAUUUUUUAUUUCAACAUGAUGCCUUCUGUCACUUUUCUAACACUUAUCGCGCAAAUGCAUUUUUUGGUCAAAUAGCAAAGUGAAUAGUCAGUGACAAAUUGAAUCAAAUGCUGCAACAGCGCCCCCAUGUUGCCGUUUUUAACCCACUGACUGAGUGACUUAUUACCGUCUACAAAAGGUGACUAUUACCUCAAAGAAAAUGUACUGUGCUUGGUAUGGGAGAAAAAGAAAUCAUUAAUUCUGGCUGUACUGGAUUGACAGUGACAACUUUGCCAAAGUAUAGAUCAUAUACCUCUUUGGCAGAAAUGCUUUACAAACAUUGAACAUAUUUAUAGCAAGACAGCAAUAGUGAGAUGUUUGUUUACAUUGUGUUGAUACGAUUUAAUAAAAUAUGUCCUGAGUAGUUUUGGUAUUACAACAUGUCCAUUCGGGUUAUACCUGGCAGCUAAUAGAGGACCAUGUCUGUGUGGGAUUUCAGAGGUCCAGUGAGAGUGUCAUCGUGUGAUGAGGAUUGAAGCAUUCUGCAAUCAAUCAAUUAAUGGCCUAUCUAUGUGGGCAGUGUGUGUGUAUGUGUAUAUCUGAAUAAUGUUUUUUUUAUGUUUUGUAAUAAUAAAA